UCAUACGUCUAGUUUCUGUGUGAAUAGCUGAUAAGCAGCUUUCAGUGUCCGGUCUAUAAUAGAAACAUCACAACGUCGUCACAGUGGGUGAAUAUGGUUACUUUGAGAUGGGCAGAGCCGCUUUGUUUUGGACACGAUCCAUGCUUCACAUUAUCUGAUCUUCAGCCUGCGUGUUGAAACAAAGCGGAUGCUCACAGAGAAUAACCACAGGAACAACCUUCCUGAAACUACAGCUAAUGUGAACACUGCUGUAUUUACCUCUCAGUAGGAGUGUAGUGCUCCCCUCUCUCUGGCCCCCCCGCAGCCAGUUGGCUGGCUUUGAUAAGAGACUGAAGGCGGUGAGAUAUCACUGAAGUCCUGUUUGAGUAUCGGGUGCCUGAGAGGAUGGAGCCAGAGGCAGAGCGGGAGUCUGAGGCCUGGGUUCCAGACAACAGCCAGGCCGGGCCUUCCUCUCCGGACUCCUCUGGGAUCGAGGGAACCGUCGACCGGCUGCAGGAGAUGAUGAACGGCAUGGAGACGCUGCUGACAGACAUGGAGGAGUUACGGAGCGACUGCAGCCAACAGACUACUGAGCUGAUAAGUGCAGCGCUGGACCUGAGGACGCAGCAGGAAGAGAUAAAGGAGGGUUACUCUGAGUUGUCCAGGGAGAUGCAGGAGCUCCUCGACACAGUGGAAGGCUUUUUGAGCACCAAGUGUGACUUCCAACCCUCAGAGAAGGAAGAAUUAGCUGAGCAGCAGAGAGAGCCCAAAGAGACGGAGAGUGACUGACAAACUUUAAAGAUUCUAGUUUAGGAGAUACAACUGUGAUGUGUGAGGUUGUGAAUCUGGAUGCAUGAGUCAAAAUCUGGAUGGCAUGGGUUUGGAAGUUGUGUGAGAAGCUGAGUUUUUGAAAAAGAUCGAUUUUUAAAUUACAUUUUAGGACAUUUUGUUGAGCAAAUAGUUCUUUUUAGGUCUAUAUCUGAAAAUCUGUCCACUGAAAAAGAGUUUCUAAUAUCCAUGAUUCGUUUUCAGUUCAGUAAAUAUAUCACAGUGCAUACAACUUUUAAAAAAAACAACCAUAACACGGAAUAAAUACCUCUCUGUCGUAUACUUUUAAUAAAACAUCAUGAGCUUAACAAGGGUACAAUUUGUUGCAUAGCUUACUUUCUAGAUUGCCACGUGCCACUGAUUUUAACACAAGCGAUGACAAGACCAUAAUCCUGCGCUGCAUGUGAUUUAUAUGCCUCCUACUGUACUGUCAUCUGUAUUUCUGCUACCACCCAGAAACAAACACACACACUUAACAGCUAUAUCAUUUUCCAGCACCAAGGUAUUUUAUGUUGACAGAUAUGAUUUAAGUAUGUUACUCUCUUCAGCCUGGAUGGCUCCUUCAGCUUCUUCUUUGAUGAAUUUAUGGCACAGGAAUGCUGCUCUUCUUUUGGUACAUCUUCCAUAUUCUCUUCCCAUCCAAGCUCCACUGUGGUUUCGCGCUAAAAUAAACCUAAAUGUGAUGUUUACUUCCCACCAGCACCCCUGCUGCUACCCACUGGUCUGUAUUUAGUGGUCAGGAGAUGUGUGAAGGGGACAAUCAGUGGACAGCAACCUGAAAAGAAAUCAAGGACCUUCAAGAUCCCUCCACCUUAAAUGUCAUUUUAGUGGGUUCUUAUGUCAUGGACACAGGUUAUGCAACCACUUAAUUAUGUGUACCAAAAUAUUCUCUUCCUCUUCUGUGUUGGAACAAACUUAAUGCAAAUGUUACGCAAACGCCCAUAUUUGUUUUCUAAAUGUCUCAAAGUAAAACAUGUGGCUGGUAUGGAAAAUACUUUAUAUAAAUAUCAUCAUGAGUAGACCCACAGCCUGAGGGUCUUAAGAAGAAAUUAUAGCUUAUGUUAAACGUUAAAAAAAGAAGUACGAAUCUUUUUUUGAGGGAAUCUGUUUACGUGUGGCUGAAACCUGACACUAUAUAGGCUGAGGGGUUGGUGAGCAGAGAGGGUGAGGAGAAGCUGUGCAGCCGUGCCUACCUUCAUCACUACUGAGGUGUUCAUCUCUCUGCACUGCUCACAACCAGCCGGAGUCACUUCAAGAAGUUCUGCAGAAGCUUCUAGUGAAAAUGAAUAUUAUACAAGUCCUGGGUCUCCUACAGCUGCUGGUUGUACCUGCUUUCACUCUGAUACUGCCAAGCCAUGACUACUGGGGAGAGUUUACAGCCUACGGGCCCUGCAGCCGCACCUGUGGCACAGGCGUGGCAAUGAGAACCAGGAAAUGUGUCACCUCCAGGACUGAUGGAGGGCAUAACUGCCUAGGAUCCUCUAAGUCCUUCCAAACCUGCAACACACAGGCAUGUGCAGUUGGAACCAAGGACUACAGGCAGGAGCAGUGCUCCCUGUUUGACAGAACGGACUUUCAGAGCAAACACCAUACAUGGGUGCCUUAUUAUGGAUCGGCCAAUCCAUGUGAGCUGAGCUGUGUCCCAAGAGGGCAGAACUUCUUCUACAGACACAGACCAUCAGUGGUUGAUGGGACACCGUGCUAUGUGGGCCGCACUGAUAUCUGUGUGGAUGGAGUCUGCAGGGUUCUGGUCCAUGGAGAGUUUAUGGGCUUGGAUGAAGACACUAAUUCUGUUCACUCUGCUAACAUCGUUGCUACUCGCCCAAGGGAGACACUUACAUACUACUACAAAACUGGUGUCUAUGGCCAGUGCUCUGCCUCUUGCAAUGGAGGCAUGCAGUACCGCAGUGUGAAAUGCUGGGUUCAGGACACAGCAAACCCCCGUGUGGUGGAGGAGUUUCACUGCAUCAACCAGCGCCUGCAGAGGCCACAGAGCCAGCAGGCCUGCAACAUGCAUCCCUGUGCCGAGUACAGCGUCUCCAGCUUCAGCGUGUGCUCGGUGACUUGUGGGGAAGGCCAGCAGACGAGGGAGGUGUUCUGCGUGGGGCCGGGAGGUGAACGCCUGGCUGACCACGCCUGCAACGGACUGGCAAGACCCUCUUCUGUCCAGGCCUGUCGCAGACCCGCCUGUUACACACACAUCACCUGGCAUGUGACCGACUACGGCCUGUGCACCAUGAGCUGUGGUGGUGGUGUGAGGGAGAGGAGAGUGGGCUGUUUUGAUACAGAUUUGAACCCCUACCCAGAGGCCCGGUGUGGAACAGUUAGCAGACCCGUCUCUGUGGAAACAUGCAACUCACAGCCAUGCCACGCAGCACAAAUGGUCCCAAGUGUGCAGGACCCAAGGGCACAUGAAACCACCACAAGAGGAUUUGUGCCCCAUGUUCCAGAAGACCCUUCAGCUUCCAGGCCACAAACAAACAGUGUCUACCCUCCUGUGACUGGUCCUCAAUGCGCACAGUCACACUAUGGCUGCUGUCCUGACGGCCAUACCUCCGCCGCGGGGCCCAGGAAUGAGGGCUGCUCCCUAAAUGACUGUAUUCACUCCAGAUUUGGCUGUUGUUUGGAUGGAGUGACUCCAGCUCAAGGAUUUGCAAGGGCUGGAUGUCCUGAAUACCGGACAGCUGUGCAACACACACCACCUCCUGCUGCCCCUCCAGCCAGUGGCAAUGUGUGCUCCAUGCCUCGCGAUGAAGGCUCCUGCGACAGAUGGGCGGUGCGCUUCUUCUUUGACUCUGGCACUGGCAGAUGUACUGAGUUCUGGUAUGGAAGCUGCCAGGGCAAUGCCAAUAACUUUAUGUCCCUGGGAGCAUGCCAGAGAGAGUGUGGUGGUGUAGUGAUGAGGGAUCCCCCAACUACACCUCGCAGAGGGACCCCAAGGAGAGGAUCCCCCAGCGGGGCAUAACCAUCCACACAAUUAAUACCUCAUAAUCAGUACUGUCAACACAGCGUUUAUUUUAACAUCAGACUUUGGAUUAUAAAUUAUUUAGAUCACAUUAUAACUGACACAAUCCCAGCUCAGGGUUCUGAUUUUGUUUGCAGUUUGAUCUUUGGUAUUUUGUUUGUGAUGUUCAAAAUAUUCACUUUCACACAUAUAUUUUGCCUUUUAGAUCAUAUACAAUUCAAUGGUGUCAAUGUGAUAACCCAAGAUAAAUUAACCAAAUCAAUAAAUGUUCAAAUAUCCGGUAAUAAAACCCGAGUGUGGUCUAUU